UUCUAGCCCUAUAAUACUGAAAUCUUAUUAUAUAAUACUGCUAGGGCUUGAACAUUUUUUUUUCCCAAAAAUCUUAUCUAAAUCAACUUCCAUUCGGAUUCGGUGAGCUGGUGUACCAUGAUCACAUCGGGUGUGUAUGCGGCCAAAUUUAAAAAAAUUAAUACUUUUAUCAAUGCCGGAAUUUGUGUGUAUAAUCUGUAAUCAAUCUAUAAUCCACUAUCGAAAAUUAUAGUAUAAUUCAAUAUUUUGUUCGCGCAAUACAAAAUGUUUGAUUAAAGUAUUAGUGGAUAAAAUUUGGCAUACUUGCACAGGUGUCUCAAUUUGUUUGGCACAGUACAGUGAAAUAAUAUUUGACGUACCAGUGGUUUAUGUGAAAUAAGAAGGCCGCAAAUACAGUACAGAUCAACCAAUAGCAAUACUAAAGGAACAUCUAUCAAAAUGCCGCUUGUAACUAUUGAGCAAGGUGCAUUGCAAGGCAUGGUAUGUGAUCAUGACGGAAGAACUUAUGUUGCUUUCAAUGGUAUACCUUACGCGAAACCACCAAUUGGAAAAUUGAGAUUCAAAGCACCAGAACCUCCGGAGCCAUGGGAAGGAGUUCGUGACGCAACACAGCAUGGCCCCACCUGUCCCCAGUACAAUGAACGCAUGAACCGCAUCCAAACCGGCACAGAAGACUGUCUUUAUUUAAACGUUUAUAUAAAAACGCUUACACCUAAACGGCCCCUUCCCGUCAUGGUAUGGAUUCACGGCGGAGGCUUUUACACCGGCUCUGGAGACUCGGACUUCUACGGGCCUGAAUUUUUCAUGAUGCACGAUAUUAUUCUAGUCACUUUUAAUUAUAGAUUAGAAGUUUUGGGAUUUUUAUGUCUAAACAAUGAAGAAGUUCCAGGUAACGCUGGUUUGAAAGAUCAAGUGGCUGCAUUGAAGUGGGUAAACAAAAAUAUAGCAGCCUUCGGAGGCGACCCUAAUAAUGUUACCAUAUUUGGUUGCAGUGCAGGCUCGGGUUCGUGUUCCUUACAUUUAAUAUCAAAGAUGAGUAAAGGAUUAUACCACAAAGCCAUACUACAAAGCGGUGUUUGCCUUAGUGAAUGGUGUUAUAACAUUUAUCCAACAGAAAGAGCAUUUCAACUCGGGAAACUAUUGGGGAAAGAAACGGAGGAUACUACAGAAUUAUUAGAGUUUUUUAGAAACUUACCAACUUCAUCUCUAGUUAAAAUUGAAUUACCAAUCUUGGAAACAAAAGUUUACGAUUUAGCUGACAAUAUUUUCUUCGGGCCAGUAAUAGAAAAAUCAGAUCUAAAUGUAGAUAAUUUUUUAACUGAACAUCCUUUGGAUUUAGUCAGAAAAGGUGAAAUAGCAGACGUACCUAUUAUACUAGGCUACACAUCCGGCGAGGGGAUCGAAAUAGCCCGGCAACUACCAAAAUUAAUUCCUUUUCUGAAUACGACUGGCGCUGUUGUGCCGAGAGAAUUGAAAUUAAAAUGGCCGAUACAUAAUCUUAUAGAAACUGAUAAAAAAAUUCGCAACCACUACUUUGAAGGAAAAGAUAUAACAGAAAAAUCAUUACAAGAAGUAGUAAAUCUUGAAUCUGACAAACUUUUUAUUUAUAACAUAGUUAGAUUCGCCCGAUACCAUAGCUAUUAUAAUUCAAGCCCUGUAUAUUUAUAUAAGUUUGUUGCAGAAACAGAGAGAAAUUACGCUAAAAAGAAUUAUAAUAUGGAAUCAAUAGAUGGAGUUUGUCACGCAGACGAACUGCCUUACUUGUUUAAUGUUACUUGCCUUGAUAUCCCACUGUCUGAGGAAUCAGUACAUAUAAUAAAGGACUUCGUCAAUUUAUGGACUAAUUUUGCAAUUACAGGUAACCCAACACCAUCUAAUAACAGUAUACAAUGGAAAAACUUCACGGAUAGAGAACGCAACUGUUAUCUUAUUGGAAAAAGCCUUACAUGUGUACAAAACGAUAAUGAACAAAAUAAUAAAUUUUGGGAAGCAAUCUACGAGGAAGCUGAACUUGACAUAAACUGAUAAAAUCAUCACUGAAUGUGAUAAUUUUAUUAGUACAUGGUUGUUGUAUUUUUGUGCCUAUUUACUCUUAAUAAUCAGUCAUAAAAAUGCUUAUGAACUGAAAAAGUUAAUAAUAAUGUAUAAUAUAACACUGCUGUAAUCCAGUGAUUUACAAAACAUCACAAAUUUUGUAUAGAAUAAUAAAUGCGAGUAGGAGCUCGUUUAGUCAAUUUUAAUUUAUAUCUAAAAUAAAAUGGAAGUACUUAAGUAA